AUCUACGACAGAAGUCAAAAUAAUUCUCUAGUGGAAAUCAGAUGGCGUUGUAUACAGCAGUAACGGAUGCGAUCAAUCAAUACACGGGGCUAUCACCGGCGGCGUUCUUCACGAUAUCGGCGAUGAUGGUGGUGGCUUAUAAAGUAGUCACCACCAUGUUCGUGGCAGCAGAUGACUACGUGGCUGUCAAACGUGAGCACAACAUUUCACUUCGUGAACCAGUUCAAGUCGGAAGCAUUACGGAGGAGGAAUUGAGACCUUACAAUGGUUCUGAUCCUAACAAACCCUUAUUAAUGGCGAUUAAAGGAAAGAUCUAUGAUGUUUCUCGCUCCAGGAUGUUCUACGGUCCUGGUGGUCCUUACGCGUUAUUUGCUGGUCGAGAUGCUAGCCGAGCGUUAGCUCUGCUGUCAUUUGAGCCUUCAGACCUUACUGGGAACAUUGACGGUCUUGGUGCAUCCGACCUUGAAGUUCUCGAAGACUGGGAAGCCAAGUUCGAGGAGAAGUAUGUGAAGGUCGGGCAGCUCAUCUCGGAAAAAGCAUCAACCGAUGAUAAUAAGUUGCACGGGGAUCAGAUUAAAGCGGAUUAGAACCCGAUUGACGAUGCCUGCAUUAUAGUCGAAAGUACCCUCGUAUACGUAUACGGAUGUUCAAACUUCUUAGAGUUAAAUUUGUAUUAAUUAUAUGAUUUAUUGGUCUUUAAAACUCAAAACUCAUGAGACAACUUUGUAGCAUAUGUAUAAUCACACCACUUCUUUUACUU